UCGGAUUCGACGAGAGUCCUGAAGCAUGACAUUUUGUCAGAAAUAAUCUUUGAAUGUUUGGUUAUACAUACGGGAUAUCGUCGUCGUCCAUGUCAAGAAUGUGUGUUGAAUUCAAGAUGGCGGUUUCUAGCAAUUGGUGCAUUCCGUGGUGGGGGUGUCACUAAAGAGUGUUACGGUCGUGACACGACGCGUCGAAUGGAGACGCGCAAAGUCGCGACGCGUCUGUAUCUCUUACUUUCUACCAUAGACAUCCACAAAAUGGCUUCAUCUGAUCCUGCAACGAUCAAAAAGACAUUACAGCAUCACUUUGGUGCAUACUUGGGAGAUGAUGUGCUGCAAGAGUGCAUCCAACUGUGCAAAAUGUACAAUGUCACAGGAGAGGAUCUUUUCUUUACCUAUGAAUCGUUGGUAUACGGACGUGGAGGGGCUCGGCAAGUUACGCCCGACAACGUUGCUGAAAUCAAGCAGAAGUUACAAAGAGACCUGGAGAAGCAGAAGCGGCAGUUGGCAAAGAGUAACAGGCCAAUGCUUCCAAUGCGUAAUCUCAAUGGGCUGAUGAAAUCUGGGGGUAACGCUGACUUGCUGAACCGUCUGGGGGCGUCUUCGAAAAUCAAGGUCGAAUCGCCGUCCAUCGGUAUACCUUCGGCUGGCGAGAGCAGUAGGCCGAUAUAUAGGAACAGUUCGGUGCAAUUCACACGUCUGGAUGCACAACGUUCGAGUGAACAGCCCCAAAAAUACCGAUAUAUGUAUGAGAAGAUCUCUGAACGGAGCGAAGUUCUAGAUGACCGAAUUGAAGACAUAGCGCAGAUACUAAAGAAUCAUUAUGGCAUUGCUGAUUUCGGAGAUCCAGCAGCCAGUACAGAGGAAGACGUAGUUGUAGUCGGGCGUAUAACUAUGGACAGCGAAUCUGCCUCUGCAGAAUCAGCAAAACUCAACGAAGCCUCUCUGACUCUCGAGUCAUCGAGGAUGAUGGGAUCAGGUGUGCGGGUGCCUCUGAAGUUUGAUCCGGAUGUGCGAAUACGACAGGCUGUCCGAGGUACCGGUGGACUUGGCCUAUUCCCGGGAGCCAUUGUCGCCCUGCGGGGUAAGAAUGGUGGAGGUGGCUGGUUCAAUGCCACCGAAAUACUUUCGCUACCGCCACUGCCUCCGCGAGAGCGGCCAGGCCCGAGCAAAUCGGAAGGAGGCUUUAAUAUGCACGCCGCUUGUGGACCUUUCACAACUGAUUCCGACCUGCAAUUUAAACCGUGGCGGGCUGUAGUGCAGAAAAUAAACGCAGAUCAACCAGACGUUGUACUUCUGCUCGGUCCAUUCCUGGACUGCAAUCACCCGAGUUUGAAGUACGGUGAUAUUGAUGCUCCACUACCGGUUAUCUUCCAGCAAACUUUCAUCGAGCCUUUGCGUGACUAUCUAGAUUCAAAACCUGGCGCGCUAGUGCUCAUUGUCCCGAGUGUACGAGAUUUGCUCAAUGAUCACGCGGUAUUCCCGCAAGCUGAGUUCGGCAGCAGCCUUUUCAAUGAUCCACGGAUCGUGCUCUUACCGAAUCCAUGUCGAUUCGCUGUGAACGACGUUUCGUUCGCGGUCACGAGUGUCGACGUACUCUUUCAUCUUCGUAAAGAAGAGUUCGUCAAACGCGCGACGGAAGUGGAGUCAAUCGGGCCUGAAGGCGAGGAGAUCGCUGUCGAUCCUAUGGCGAAUCUCUGUCGACAUAUAUUACAGAAACGAAGCUUUUACCCAUUAUUCCCAACGCCAACCGACCUCGCACAUGAAGUGAACCUAGAUAUCACUCACUCCGACUUCCUGAAGAUACCGGAACAACCAGAUGUCCUUAUUAUGCCCAGUCGAUUACGGCAAUUUACCAAAGUAGGUGAUUGAAGGAACUGUGGCGGCAAACCCUUCAUUCGCAACGAAAGGUACAUAUUUGUCCUUGAGUUUCAGUGGAGAUCGACCACAAAGUGGCGUGAAAGUCGAGGCAGAAAUAUCCAGACUAGACGCAUAGGGUUUUCAUGCAUUGUUUCAUGGUUCGCUUUACUAUAAAUUAUCAUGUUGUCUGAUUAUACGGAAUAUGAACACGACGCAACAAAUAAGAUAACAACUUUCAGGGAAUAGCGCG